AUGGCACCCUCUCUCGAGUCUCGCCAGCCUCGGUGGAAGAAGGAAGCAAAGAGGGGAUUCAGCGGGAGCAUGCCGGACUGGACGAAGGCGGACGAUACCGAUCACGAGUACGAUGUCACGAUAAUGAAGAAGCGAAGGCUCAGGAUUAGAGUCCGCCGUGGCGAUAGCGAGACCCCAUCUGGAGAACCAAACAUUGCUUCAUCUCUAUCACGACGGUUCGUGACCAUCGAGCAACGAUCAAGCGACGACAGCGACAGCGACAGCGAGGAUGAGGACGAUUCCUACAAGGGCGAACGGGCAGAGAGCACUGAUGGAAGCAAACUUGUAGCCCCCUCAAAUGAUACUCCCACGGUGGCCGCGCCAUCAGCCGAUGGGAGUGUUCCUCGAGGAGACUCUGGAAUGGUUUCCGGCGGGGAUGGGGUUCACUCAAAUGUCCACAAGGUCCUCCUGGGCGUGGGAAUCGUUGGCGGCUUUUUCUUAUUACUGGCCAUUGGUUUCAUCGCUUGGAAACUCUAUAAGAAGAGAUCGGAUCAGAAGAAGAGAGCUCCCAUUGAUGACAUGGCGUUUGAGAAGCCGAGUCGGUUCGAAAACCUCGUUUCCAAAGUUCCAUUUAUCGGACCACGCUUCGGCUACCAAGGCUGGUACACCAUCGACGCCCCAUCUCAGGAACACUUCGCAAAGUCACAGCAACCUCAAGGCAACCUUGAAAAGGCACAGCUAUCCCAAGAAAACCUUGAAAAGGCACAGCCUGUCUCGUCCCCAAGGCCAGCCUCUAGCCGCAUCGACUCUCAGCUGCUUGCACCCAUGAAGCCACUGGGAGCCUACCGCCUCGGAAGCACAAGGGCAUCAACGGUAAACCUUGAUUUCGAAGCCAUUAGCCCUACGAGCACAAUGUUUGUCGAGAGUACCGCGGUCCAAGUCCAAGUCAUCGCUCGACACGAUCCUAAGGAAUCCAUCGCUUCGAUUAGCGGACGCCAACACAAGCGAGUACCUUCUACAACACCAUAUAUCUAUGACGUUGGAGGAAGACGCCAGACCGGUAUCAGCUCUCUCUCUUCCAUCUCUUCGGGCUUCGGCGACGGCGAUAUCGUUGUCACUCCCACCAACAAUACCAUCCAGACCAUUCCUUCACAACCUGCACCCGCGACCCUUCCCUCUCGACUGACAACAUGGCGAUCCACCAGCACGCUUGGUCGGCGGGACACUGAUACCUCUUCUGGCCGGCGGGAUACCGUGUCCACUGAGGUUUCUGUGGAUUUCCGCCCACGAUUCCACAGUGUCAAUUCGUGGGUGAAGCAGCAGAACGGACAUUUACGACGGGCUCAGCGCCAGCAGGAGAGCAGCCCUGAUGGAAGUACUCCUCCCGUGCCUGCCCUGCCACCGCCUAUCGAGCAGGACUUUGGGCUUAUGAUGCCAGACGGCGAGAGACCGCGACCCGUGGAGAUGGUGUGA